CCCUCCUCCAACAGCCGAGGCUGUCCCUCCCCCAUGCAGACAGGGGGCGCCACAGACGACAGCAAGACCAACCUCAUCGUCAACUACCUGCCCCAGAACAUGACCCAAGAGGAGUUCCGGAGCCUGUUUGGCAGCAUCGGGGAGAUCGAGUCCUGCAAGCUUGUCCGCGACAAGAUCACAGGACCGAGCUCCUCUCCUCCUCUGCUGACGUCUUCUCCUCUCUCUGUUCCAGGACAGAGCCUGGGUUACGGCUUCGUCAACUACAUCGACCCCAAGGACGCAGAGAAAGCCAUCAACACACUCAAUGGUCUCCGUUUGCAGACUAAGACCAUCAAGGUGUCCUAUGCAAGGCCCAGCUCUGCCUCCAUCCGGGACGCUAACCUGUACGUGAGCGGCCUGCCCAAGACCAUGACCCAGAAGGAGCUGGAGCAGCUGUUCUCUCAGUACGGCCGCAUCAUCACCUCACGCAUCCUGGUGGACCAGGUCACAGGGGGUUCCCGAGGCGUGGGCUUCAUCCGCUUUGAUAAGAGGAUAGAGGCUGAGGAGGCUAUUAAGGGUCUGAACGGCCAGAAGCCCUCCGGAGCCGCAGAGCCCAUCACCGUCAAGUUCGCCAACAACCCCAGCCAGAAGACCAGCCAGGCUCUGCUCUCCCAGCUGUACCAGUCCCCCAACCGCAGGUACCCCGGCCCCCUGCACCAUCAGGCCCAGAGGUUCAGGUUCUCCCCCAUCACCAUCGACAGCAUGACCAGUCUGGUGGGCAUGAACAUCCCUGGUCACACCGGCACCGGAUGGUGCAUCUUUGUCUACAACUUGUCUCCGGAUUCAGACGAGAGCGUCCUCUGGCAGCUCUUUGGGCCUUUUGGCGCCGUCAACAACGUCAAGGUCAUCCGCGACUUCAACACCAACAAGUGCAAAGGCUUCGGAUUCGUCACCAUGACGAAUUACGACGAAGCGGCCAUGGCCAUCGCCAGUCUCAACGGGUACCGGUUGGGCGAUCGAGUCCUGCAAGUCUCCUUCAAAACCAACAAGACCCACAAAUCCUGAAUGGGUCGUUCCUCAGUCCUGCUCCUCGUCCCCUUCCAUCAGCUUCACUAGCACCAUCACACAGCCCACCAAUACAGCGAUUCAGCUCAACAGGGACACAAACCAACUAAUCGACACAACCAACAACAACCACAAAAAAGAACUUGAGAUAUGGCUUAUAUUAUAACUUUGGACCUAUAAGCCAAUGUUGCCUAAGUAUUACAAAAUGAAAAUAUCCAACAUGAGUUCCGGGGGGGCGUUGUGGCGACACCCCGGUUGUAUAGCCUUUCUGUUCCUUGUGGUCGUUUAAUUAUUUCUCUCUUCUAUGUCAACGGUAGCAAAACCCCUUAGUCUCUUUACGUUCCUGAAGAGAAUGUCCUUUUUAGAUUUAACCUUUUCUUGGUCUUGAUUCAGGAUGUCUUUGUUUUUUAAAUCCGGAUCCACUGUCGUUAGAAUUUAACCUCCCUUAAGGCAGUAAACAGGGGAGUGGGCUCUUUUAAAAUCGGUGACCAUUCAUUCAUUUUAGUGUAUAUUAAUUCCCCCUAUCAACCAAGAGGUGUGACACCAUCCUGGUAACUCUGAUGCAGAAAAAUAUGAAUUUCUAACAUUGUUUUUGUUUUGUAUUGCAAACAAGACCCAUGUCCUUUUGUCACUAGGGUUAGGGAGAAGGGGUGAGGGAGGGGAUGGGUUAAGCUUUCCUGAUGACACACAUUAAGUGGUUUAAGAUUUAGAAGAAGAAAAAAACACACUGUUGCCAAAGAGAAAAUCUCUUUGCUUGAAAAAUGCGUUUAGAAUAAAUAUGAAAAUAAAGAGAAGAAAAUCUAUUUUUAUAAACGAUAAUUAAAAGAAUCAUUAUUGAUGAAUUUUUACAUGAAUCUGGAUUUGAAAAAGAGAAAAAUAUUUUGACUGGCUAGUAAGGGGAGCUGGGGGGGGAGGGAGGGGCGCGGGGGGGAAAACGCCACCAUGUCCUGUUUGUUCUGCUGUGGUAAUUUUUAGGAUCGAAGGUCUGUUUGUUUUCGGUGAGAAUCAGAUCGGCGAUGGUUUUGUAGACGGAAGGUUUUGUCAAUGGGAUGCAAAAAGGGAGGCAGGUGAUUUCAUAUAGUGCGUAAUAUUAUUCAACAGCGAUACCCAAAAGGGAAAUGGGCGGGGGUUCCCCCUAAGUGCCCCACUGUCGUCAUUGUUCAGAGCCCAAAGUGAAAAGACCCCAUGCAUCACGUGUUGUUCUGUUAGUCAUCAGUCUAUGGGAUAUUAGUAAAGGAAAUAUAUACACAUCUAUCCAUUUAGAGUACAUAAUGUAUACAUUAUCUAUCAUUUUCUUUGCUCUACGUUUGUGGAAUUCCGUUUGAAAAGAAACUUCCUUUUAGCGAUCAAAGGUAGGUGCUAUAUUACAUUAUUCACAUAUCUUAAAUAUCCAAGUUUGUUGUUCUGUGUUGUUUAGAAGAAAAAAAUAUAAUACUUCGAUGUUGGCAUUGACUUGAGCUGUUCUUUGUUUAUUUGUUUAUUGUUGGCCCCAAACUGGUGAGUCUGCUAUGGCUUGUCCAGGUGACUAAAUUAGGGCUGUUGUAAGCAUCACUUAACCAGUUUUAUUUGGCUUGCUGACUUUUAAGUUACUUGCUAAGCGUGAAACGUUUGUCAGAAUUCAAUAAUGAUUAGCUAGUUCUGUUAGUCUAGAUAUUUGUUUCCUGAAAGGAUCUAAUACAACGGUGUCUUUAUUUGUUGUGUGCAAAUAGAUAAUAUAUAGUCUACAUUUGUUUUACAAUAUCUACUGUAAUUCUGAGUUGUCAUUGUUUUCUGUUGGAUCUUGUCUUUAUCAUAUGACAACUUGAUGAAGUGGUGGUUCAGUUACUUGUGAGGAAUCCUGUUUAAUAUGUUGUCAUGUCGCUUGUGAAAAAAAAAGGAAAAAAAAACGUAAAACGAGACUAAAAACGAUGAUUUGGAGUAACCAUGACUACCACGACAAAAGAAACCGAACAAAAGCGUAGAAUAUAACUGUAUUUAUUUAUGGAUCAAUUGAUUGUUUCAUUGAAUCAACUAUUUAUUUAUGUAUUUAUUUAUUUAUACUGGUUGUGUAUUUAUUUAUUUAUUUAUGCACUGAUUUGUUUUAUUGUCUGUGUAUUUGCGUGAUUCUGGUACAGGGAAGGGGGGAAAGGGGGGGCAUAUUUGAGCAAAGGGAACUAAGUGACUGAAUGGAGAUGAGCUCUCUAGAUAGUCCACUGCACUGAGAACGUUUAAUACGUUUGUGCUUUGUACCAAUAUAUCAAAAUUACAACAAAAAAUCAAAAAGCCGAAAACAAAAAAAAAAUCCAGGGGGUUGCAAACUCUUAACUUAUGAGUAGAAACUGUUACUUGCUAUGCAUAACCUAGUUGAUAGUUAAAUUUGCUAUUGCUUUUUUCUUGUCUUGUUAAACAAAAAACCCUUAAAAUCUUUUUCAAUAAAGUUUAGUCUUAAUAGAAUGUUAUAACAGUCGUUCUGGUUCAAUAUAACCUGUGGUGAGUUUGUGUCGUUUUAAAAGCCACUUCGCACCCUCCCUCCACGCACUAACGCAUCGUGAUGAAACUUUAUGCAAAUACUUGGGUCUGAAACAUAACUUUCGGUUGUCAUGACAUCCUAUAUUGUGGCGGAUUGGGCACACGUAUGUACUUCAGGAGAAGGAUGUCCAAUCGUGUGUGAGGGUCAUUCAUUGCACUGGACCAAUCAGUGAAAUCAUCUCAGCAGAGUCUAACCUAUUUUACAAAGAAUCACCAUGUUUUCAAACAACAUCGCUUGCUCCUCUACAGAGAUACCAUGAAUCCAUUGCACUAACUGUAUCUACCACAGUUAGAUAUACAAACCUAAAAAAAAAAAACUUUUAGGUUUUUCAAACACUGAAGGUAUUUAAUGGAUUAAACCCAUUGUAUAUUUUAUAUACUAUAAUAUAGUAAAUAUAUAUAUUUUGAAAGGUAAAGGUAUAAGGCAUGGUUCCUGAUGUAUUUCAAUUGGAUUUUUGUGGAGACAUUAUUAGACAGAAAGGGGGUGUGGGUUCAAAGUUAAAUACUCAGACCAUACCUUCACUCUCACGCCACUGCCCUCAUCCAACCGCCAUCCAAACGCCGUUCGACCAUUAUCCAACCGUCAUCCAACCGUCAUCCAACCACCUACAGUCCUGACCUUUGACCUGCACCAUCACCAGACCCGUUCACGCUCUCUUGGCGAUGGGAGCUUGAGUUAUGCAACGACCCCGGUAGAAUGUGGUUCUGAAGAAUGAACACAUUUCCUUGUGUCUUUUAAACUCUUACUGACGUGUGCCUGUGUUCUGUGCAUACCCUGCCUGUCUGAGUACCUGUGCGAGUGUGUGUUAUGAACGUUCAUGUUUCAGCGUGUGAAUGUGUGUGUGUGUGUGUGCAUCCGUGUGUGCGCAUGCAAGGGCGUUUGAUGACAUUGGGCGGAUUCAUCUGGCCCCAUGGCCGACCCCUACGGCUGGCACCUUCCCCUGUAGCUCCCUACAGAGGCUGUGAUAGGAGGGCCCCCCAUGGUCUGGGGGGGGGGGGUGAACACAGGAAUCAGGCUCUGUCCAUUCAUCUUCCUUAUGACAUGUAUCUGUUUGUUUACUAUCGGAAAAAUCUAUUAAACUCUUUUAAUCUUUAAAGACAAAAAAAUGACGAAAAAAGAUGUUCACUGGUCCUAACCGGCCUCUCCUAUUUACGUUUAAUACUUAUCAAUCAAUUAUUAUGAUUAUUAUCGGUAUUAUUCUUAUUCUUAUAAUUAAUCCAAUUACUGCGAUGAAUGACUUCAUGUUAUCCUUGCUAGUUUAGGUCAUUUCUGAAACUGGAAACAAAAAUAAAAAUCUUGCUGUAAAUGUUUGUUUUUUCUUUUUCAUAAGACUGUUGUGUUUGAAUUAUUUGUACUUUUGAAUGUUGGGACAAUAAAUUGAGGUGUUGAGAA